AUGUUUCUGUACAGCCGUGGAGAGUGCAAGGCGCGGGCGCUGGAUGAGGCAGCGGAUUUCGAGGCUAAGUUCUUGGUCUUCGACACUUGGAUUCGUUUCUUCGACGGCGAGCCAUUGCCGGCUGUCUGCUCGCAGCCCGCAGCCAAAGAGGAGCCUGAGAAGGAUGCAGAGCGAGAGGCGGAAAAUGAAAAGGAUGCUGAUCAGCCUGAAGAUGAGGCAGCCUCUGAAUGUCCAAAAGAAACUCCCAAGGAGGUGCCACGCUUCGCCAAAUACAAGCGGCUGAAGGAGGCCUUGGCCCUCUUUGCUGAGCGCUUCGGCUGUGACCCCUUCUCGUCGGUGGUGCCAGCUCUUCUGAAAGCAGCCGUUGAGCUAGCAGAUGAGAGCAAAUCGGCUUCACAGCUUCCUUUACCUCCUCAACCCAAGGUUGCAAAGCCAUGUCGCAUCCGACGUGAGCCAAUCACAGAGGCCUCAGAUGACGUGUCUCCCAAAGAAGGAGCAAUGUCUGAGGCCACCGAACAAGUCCCAGUGGACAAGGCCAUUCAUCUUUCGGCCUCUGAUGUGUACUCCUUGCUAGCCAACGCGGCCUUGCUAAAUGUGCAGGGCUUCUUUGACCUGCAGAAACUGUAUUUAUCUUCCGCCAAGGCCGCACCGCAGAAGAUCCUAUGCUUGCUUGCCUACUUCCACUUGGGUCUGGAGGUGACCUGUGGCCGCGAGAUCGUCUUUGAAAGGACGGCAUCCUCCGAUCAAGCCAUUCGAGAUUUUCUGCCAGACCCUAUCAGUCCGCCAGAUCCCGAGCCAAAGCAAGAUGGAGGUGAUCUCGAAACUCAGGAGAACGCUGAAGCGGGGGAGAAGACAAGUCAGGAGGCGACAAGCGACAUGAAGGAUGUGAAGGAGCCCCUGGAGACAGCAGAGCCAGCAGAGCCAGCAAAGCCGGCAGAGCCAGUGAAGCCGGUGGAGCCGGCAGAGCUGGACACCAAGGACGAAGCCCUGGACGACUCCGGCAACGAAGGUGGGCAGUUUCCAGCUGUGGCCUUCGCCAGCGACUUUGCCACGGCGCUUGACGGUUGCCAGGGAGCAGUCAUUAUCCUGAGCAGUGCCAGCAGCUUUGGAGCACUCGCUGAUGUCAAGACGCCUCCCGAGGAGGUGCCCUUGUGGGAGUUUCCAGAAUUGCUUUGCUCCAGAUUGGUGUUGGGGAGCUUGCCGCUAGCUGACGCCCAGGUGGCCAUCGUUCGCGGAGUCCGGCGUGUGAACUCUUGCACAACCGAGGGUCCGCUGCUGAACUUGGCUGAGGGCCCCCGCCUGGGCGCUGUGCUUGACAUAGCGGUAAUGGACAUUCAACGCCACAUCGAUGACAGGCGCUUUGCCAUCGAGUCGCUGCGGCACGACGCGACCAAGUGGUCCACCUGCAUCAGGUGUUUGGCAAAGGACGUCCUCGCAGUCGGCCAUCCCCCUCUCAUUGGUGUGGACAGACACUGGUCCUACGCAAUGCAGCUACUAUCUGCAGGAGUUUCCGCAAGCAGCACUGCGCUAAAGCUACGGUAUGCGCUCAGCACGGAGGGCUAUGCAACAGCAGUUGCUUCGACUGAGCUAUCUCCAGCACAGGUCAAAGAGGCGAAGCAUUUGGAGGCCCUCACAAACCGCAUGGCCUCCGCGAGCUCCUCUUGGAGGCCACGGGACCUCCUCCGUCUACUGGCCUUAUUUCCCUACGCGCGAUCCAGUGACUCUGAGAAGUUUCAUGCGUUUUGGACGCAGCGAUUGCGAGACAAGACGCUGGAACGCGGUGGAUGCCCAACCAAGUCAGAAGUGGCGGGCAUAAGCUCCAGGCAGGCUGAACUUUGGCCUCCGGAGCCCGUGAAGGAGCCGUCGCCGGAGCCGCCGAAGCCGCCCAAGGUGGAAGAGCCACCGCCCGAUGCUUCUGCGCCGCUGGCCCAAUCAGACGACCAGAAACAGUCUGGCUGGAACAGUGCGCCAAAGCAGAAGGAGUGGGGCUACUACUGGAAGGGGCACAUGGAACACAAGGACUAUAAGUACAACCACUACAGAAGAGAUAAGACAGAAGACAAGCGAAAGAGGGAUACGUCCCGGUCUCGGGAUCGUGAUCGGAAGGCCUGGAAGGUCUCUCCCGAGACGGCGCAGCAGAAGCAGGAGCCAGAGUCGAAGGAGGAGGUCACGCUCGCGCUCAAGACGCAAGCGGAAGAAUUCGCAAGACCGCCGCAGGUAACAAAAGCGAUGUUCCUCGUCUUGCUCUAUCUGCAGCAUUCGCGCCAGUUGUUCAAGAUGCUCGCCCUCCGAGAUGGCCGUUGCACAGAAGUGUCACCUGCCUAUCUCAAGCGAGCCAGUUCAGAGCCAGAGGAGGCGGUGGAGGUGCCGGGUUCCAAAGCAGCCACGCGCAAGCUCACAGACUCAGAUUGUGGCAUUUGGCAGGCAAACAGGGACAAGCCCGGAUUUGCCCACCACUACGAAGCCAGACUGCCAGAGCAAGAAAGCUGGCUGAAGGAGCCGGCCCAGCUCCGGCGCAUCUUUGUCGGGCAGUGCUGA